AUCAGCCCUGGUAGCCCUCGCUUGUCCCCUCCACCUAAGCGAAAACGCAGACACACGACGCCUAGCUCCAGUGACACUUCCCCAAGUCCCCAGAGUAAAGCUCAGAGAGUGACAUGGAGCACAUCCAAACACUGUACCAGGUUUUACGUCUGAUGCCCUUCCUGACACAACCCUUCCAUUUUAUCCGGGCUUGGGACCGGCACUGAGAGUUAACUCUGUAGUGGCUGGGUUAGCUCCCUCCCCAGGAAUCGAACUCGAGAGCAUGGGAUCCUGCCGCUGGACCACCAGGAGGCUUUUGGUUUUACAAGCUUGAGACUAUUGUGGAUCUAUUUAAUUUGUUAACCAAUCAUACUGUCUUUAUACUAUUGACCUCUGGAACAUGUUUUAUUAUCUGAAUUAAUACCUCAGAAGCUCAUAUAGUAUCUAUGGGUUUAAUUUCAUCGGAGUGCCCAGGCUUAUUCUAAUGUAAAAGUCAUAUCUGGAGGAGCAACUGUAAUGGUUACUGGAUUUAAUAACCAUUAUUUCAAUAACCAUUCAAUUAAUUUCUAAGGUAGCAGCUUGGGCACAGGGACUUGUAUUGUGGAUGAUAUACAUUACUGAAGUUUUAAAGGGUCAUACGAUUGAUAUUAUCGAAAAACAUUAUCAUUGAUAUGGUGAAGUAAGGAGGGGUGUCAUUUAACAUAUAACACAACACAGCACCUUUUUUUUAUCUCCUAAUUCACUAAAACAUAAAUGAGUGGAAACUUACAGUAACAACAGUUAACUGAUUGAAAGAAACCUGUUUAUGUAUCAGAUAACAGUUUCAGAUUGUUAAAAAUAAUUGAAGCACUAAUACCUACAAUGAUAGUGGAAUAUCAGCAACUUGUACACAAAUUUGUUCACCCCAAACACAGACAGCUGAUUAUUAAAUUAUUGUAGUAUUUCACAGUUUAAAUUGCAUGAAUAUGGUUUGUUGAUGUGUUUCAGGUUAUCCACCGGUGCUUUGCAAAAUGGGCACGGCCGAAGAACCCUGCGGGUAGAUGACAGCACAGAUGGGGAUGAUGCUCGCUUGAAUGGCCAUGUUGAGCUGAAGAGGAGCUGUCGCUCUAGGAAGAGCCGCUUUCAGCACCUCAACCAGAGCCUGCUGUUUGACCAACUGGUCAACAGCACGGCAGAGGCGGUGCUUCAGGAGAUGGACAACAUCAGCAACAUACGACAAAAUCGGGAAGUGGAGCGGCUCCGGAUGUGGACAGACACAGAACUGGAAAACAUGGACAUGUAUUCACGUGUGAAAAGGCGGAAAUCGAUGAGGAGGAAUACAUUUGCAAUGCAGACACACCAUAAAGUCAUCAGCAAAUCUGAAGCUCCAGAAGAAGAGGGAAGGGAGGAAGAAGAAACUGAUGAAUCCCACGAGGAAGGAGAUGACGAUGAAAGGGAAGAUGAUGAAGAUGAUGAAGGAGAUGAAGCAGAGGAAGUAGGAGAGGAGAAUGAUAGACCUUACAACCUCAGGCAGCGUAAAACUGUGCAGCGUUAUGAGGCACCACCCAUUGUGCCAGUGAACAGAAAACAAAGCAAGAACACAGUGUUUGACACACACAGAUCCCCUGCAAGGAGAAGCCAUAUCAGAAUAAAGAAGCAUGCCAUCCACAGUAGUGAUACAACGUCUUCAUCGGAUGAGGAACGUUUUGAACGUAGAAAAAGUAAAAGUAUGACACGUGCUCGGAACAGGUGUCUACCUAUGAAUUUGCGAGCAGAAGACCUGGCCAGUGGUGUGCUUCGCGAUCGGGUGAAAGUUGGUGCUAGUCUAGCUGAUGUGGACCCCAUGAAUCUGGAUACCUCUGUGAAAUUUGACAGUGUAGGAGGGCUUACUUCUCACAUUAAGUCUCUCAAGGAGAUGGUGGUCUUUCCUCUUCUCUACCCUGAAGUGUUUGAGAAGUUUAAGAUCCAGCCUCCAAGGGGUUGCCUGUUCUAUGGGCCUCCAGGGACAGGGAAGACUUUGGUGGCUCGGGCGCUGGCUAACGAGUGCAGUCAGGGUGACAAGAAAGUUUCCUUUUUUAUGCGAAAGGGAGCUGACUGCCUCAGCAAAUGGGUGGGAGAAUCAGAACGACAGCUCCGCCUUCUCUUUGACCAGGCAUACCUCAUGAGACCAUCUAUCAUCUUUUUUGAUGAGAUUGAUGGCCUUGCACCUGUUCGUUCUAGCAGGCAGGAUCAGAUUCACAGCUCCAUAGUUUCCACAUUACUGGCUUUAAUGGAUGGUUUGGACAGUCGAGGGGAGAUAGUGGUCAUUGGUGCUACAAACAGACUUGACUCUAUCGACCCUGCACUCAGGAGGCCUGGUCGAUUUGACCGGGAAUUUCUGUUCAACCUGCCAGAUAAACAGGCUCGAAAGCACAUUUUAGAAAUUCACACCAGGGAUUGGAACCCAAAGCUGUCAGAUUCCUUUAUGGAUGAGUUGGCAGAAAAAUGUGUCGGUUACUGUGGUGCCGACAUCAAAGCACUUUGCACUGAGGCUUCACUGGCGGCAUUGCGGCGGCGCUAUCCUCAAAUAUACAGCAGCAGCCAGCGAUACAAACUGGACGUGGGCUCUAUCGUGUUGGGGCCGCAGGACUUUGGCCAUGCUCUGCGCUCUAUUGUUCCAGCUGCUCAGAGAGCUCUCGCACCACCAGGCCGGGCUUUGUCCUGCACACUGCAGCCUCUGCUGGAGAGAUCACUGACCCACACACUCCACUGCCUGUUCCGAGUCUUCCCCCAUGCAGAUCUCCCACACAGGGAACAAACACAUGACUCUGACAAUCAGCUGCUGGAGGAGGACUCUUAUAGCGAGGGUGAAGAUGGAGCUGGUGCUCAGUCCAUUUACGAUGUACAGCCAGGAUCCCCAAAGAUAUCACACUCCUCCAUAGUACACAAACCCUUCCUUCAUUUUACUACGUCUGCCUAUCAGCAGCCAACCUCAUACCGACCACGGCUUUUGCUAACAGGACCUCAGGGUUCGGGUCAGAGCACACACCUGGCCCCUGCUCUGCUGUAUCACCUCAACAAGUUCACUGUGCACCGCCUCGACCUGCCCACUCUCUACUCUGUCAGUGCCAAGACCCCGGAGGAGUCCUGCGCUCAGGUGUUUCGAGAAGCACAGCGGAGUUUGCCAAGUGUGAUCUACAUGCCACAUGUCAGUGAUUGGUGGGAGGCCAUAAGUGACACGGUGAAAAGUACGUUCCUCACACUGCUGCAGGAUGUUCCCUCCUUCACUCCACUCCUCAUCCUCGCAACGGCUGAGAUUAGCUACCAGCAGCUUCCUGAAGAGGUAAAAUGCAUCUUCAAUCGCUCCUACGGUGAGGUGGUGUGUUUAACUUCACCUGGAGAGGAGGACCGCAGAAAGUUCUUCAGUGAUCUCAUACUGGUGCAAGCAGCCAGGCCACCGCUCCGCCCGAGAAAAAAAGAGUGUGAUCUCGAGGUGCUUCCUCUGGUGGAAGACCCUGGCCCUCGGCAGCUCUCUCCAGAGGAGCAGAAGCGACUUGAGGAGCAGGAGGAGAACACCCUGCGCGAGCUCCGCCUCUUUCUCAGGGACGUCACCAGGCGGCUGGCCACCGACAAGCGCUUCCACAUCUUUAGCAAGCCUGUAGAUAUCGAGGAGGUAUCAGAUUAUCUUGAGGUCAUCAGAGAGCCUAUGGACUUGUCCACUAUCAUGACAAAGAUUGACACUCACAAGUACACAAUCGCAAAAGACUUUCUGAAGGACAUUGACCUCAUCUGCAGUAAUGCGUUGGAGUACAAUCCAGACAAAGAUCCAGGAGAUAAGAUUAUUCGGCAUAGGGCUUGCAGUCUCAAGGACGCGGCCCAUGCAAUGAUUGCCUCCGAGCUGGACCCAGAGUUCGAUCGCACGUGUGAGGAGAUUAAAGAGUCUCGAAGGAAAAGAGAGUUCCAGAUGCCACAACAGCUAGCUGCCACUCCAACAUCUGUAUCAGGCAGGAGGCCGGUCGGUGGAGACGAGGCCACUGGCAGCACUUCUCAGACAGAUGUGGUGGAAAAGCAACACAACACUGGUGGAACAGAAGUAGCACAGAUACUGGUGAGAUGCAUUACCUCUGGGCAUGCUAAUGUACGCCUCGCUGCAGGAGGUAGCAUAAAGCGCAAGGCUCGCCGCCGGUCGAUUUGGGAGAGGGGCAUCAUCAGGAAGAAGAAGAGCAGCAAGAAGGAAGAAGUAGAAGAUGACGAUGAGCCAGAGGAAGAGGAAGGUGUUGAUGACUCAACCGUUGCUGGCCAGGGUAAUGGCAGUCCAGCUCAGGACGAAUCCUCCUCUGACGCCAUGGAACCACAGACGGAUAAACCGCUUCCCCAACCCAAUGGAUAUGCUCUGAGCACUGAAGAGGAGAACUCCAGUGAAGCCACCACAACUCAAGAUCCCCAAGGCCAAGAUAAGGCCAAUACAUCUACCUUUAAGAGCCCUCCUUCUGGAGAGGAGAAAGAGGCAUCAGUGCACCCAGAGCCCCAAGAGUGUGUAAAUGGAGACGAGUCAAUGGACAGUAUAGACAGUGAAGCCAAUGAAACUGAAUCAGGGAGUAGUAAAAAGGAGGUCACAGCUUCUUUCACAGGUGGGGAACAGGCUGGAUUGGAAGAAGUGUCACAAGAAUGCAAGGCAAAUGAUUGCACACCAGUAGCAGAUGGAGCUGCUAGUGAUGCAGUUCAUGAAAAAGAAGGUGCCAUGAAAGAGAAGGCAUGUGGAAGAAGCCAGUCCGAACAGCAGAAAGAAGUUCUAGCAGAGAGGCCAGAGGACCCCCCUCAGCCUCCUCCUCCACCUGCUUUAGUUGUAGACCAUCAGCGACUCAAGGCCCUGCUAGAUCAAGUUGUGAUGAAGAGUAAGGGUUACAGUGUAGAUCAACUGGAAAGACUUUUCUCAGUGCUCAGCCAGUGUAUUUAUCAAUACCGCAGGGAUUACGACAAGACCUGCCUAAUCGAGGAGAUGGAAAGGCAAGUGCAGCAUUUCAAUACAUUCCUGUAAUGAAAAACAAGGCGAUCAUAAUCAGAGACUCCUGUGAUGCGAAAGGAGACCAACGUCAAGAACCAAGCUGCUACAGCGAGCCGAGCAGGUUUGGUAUGAAAUAGCAAAGGAGUUAAAGGAGACUUGCAAAGACUUUCAGUGGCAACCUUGGUGCUAUCGUCUCAGGUACCUGGACAGAACUAGUCUACAGAACCAAACACAAGUCAAGACUCGUAUAGGUUUCACAAAUAUAUAUGCCAAUUUCUAAUGGGCGUUCUUGGUGCUAUUAGGUGCUAUUGUUUAUCCAUUUGCUGCUCGUUGAGUUUCUUUUAAAAUAAAAAAAGUGAGAAAAAGGGGAAAAAAAAAUAAUCAUCAUCAUAUUUAAAGGAAAAAAAAAAACAGAGAUUGUGUGAUGUCACUUAAACCCCUUGGUCUCAUUUGUCAGGAAGAGACGGCACACACCACCACACAGGCACAGAUUCUCACCAGCAGUAGUAAAACCCCACAUGAAUGCGGUGUAAUGCCAUGAGGUCAUGCCAGUUUGUUAUUGACUGUGGAAACGAAUUACAUCCGUCUCCCUCUAUGAACACCCUCUUACUGCAUUGUGUGACCUUCAACCAGUAGGCAUUUAAAUGUAAGCAGUGUGUGACUGCAGUGAUGCUCCCUGCCCGUUUUUCUAACAGAAUUGCAGCAUUUUCUACCUGAUGAUUCUGCUGAAGCUCUCAAGCACCAUCGUAUAAAAUCCCCCAGAAUUGAUAGCUACUUUUACACCACGAUGCAGUAAACCCAUUUGAUUUUCUUUCUUAUGUAAAUUUUAAUAUAACUGGUAAGAUAGUAGAUCAGGGAAGUUUCCCAAAAGACUCUUAAAAGUUGAUCUCUUCCUGGACAAUGAGGUUUUUACAAUUUGGUAUUGUCAUGGCCAUGUGUAUUUCUGUCUUUUGGGGAAAAAGAUGGCUUUUGUCAACCCUUUUCACUUUAAGACUGUAUAACAAAUUACUAAUUGAAUCGUUUUUUUUUUCCUUUUAUUAUUAUUAUUUUUUUUUAUUUAUUUUCUCCCCUAACCAGUCAGUACGCCCACCCGAUUUUUUUUUUACCCUCCAGACAGUUGUUCUGACACCAGUUGGUUACGCCAUGACCUUAAGUUGUAAUUUUUUUUUUUGUAUCAUUUACUUUAUUACCUCUUAGUUUGAGUUAUAUGAAUGCUAAGAUUGUUUGCAUUAAUUAAUGAAUGAUGAACAAGGCAAUUUUUAGCCAGCGUGGUUUGUUCAGUAUAUGGAGCAUUAUUAUUGUGUUAAUUUUUUUUUUGUUGUUGUUUAUGGUAUUUUGGAUUUCAUUUUUUUCAUUUUUGUAUGAUUUAGUUGUAUUAUGUAAAUCUUUGGUAGCUACUUAUUCUUUUAGUAGCUAGGUUCUAGUUGGGUUUUUUGGCCUAGUAUGUUUAAAUGCCUGGGCCUUUUCUCUGAAAGAAUUGAACUGCUUCUUUCUUCAGUUUGCAGACAAAUGUUUCUGAAGUUAUAACUCAUCUCAAGUUUCUAUAAAGCUGAGUAUACUUACAAACCAUUGCAAACAUGCAAAAUGAGAAAUUAGCUCUGGACUACUGCAGCGAGAUGGAGAACCCUGGCUACCUCAGUUAAUAAAAAAGAAUUAUUUAAAACAACAUGUUUAUCAAAGACGUACAGUAUUUGUCAACAUCUAUAACAUCGCUGCACAUCGUACCGUUUGAAAGCCCAGGUACUGAGCAACACGUCCUGUGGCUGUCGCAGUAAUCCAUCCUUUUGCUUGGUCUUUGGUUCAUAACUUUUUUUUGUUUGUUGUUCUUGGGUUUUGCAGAUGAGCCAACACAAAAACAGCACAUUUAAUUUCACGAUUUUGUAUUUUAUAUAUAUAUAUAUAUUUUUUUUUUUUGUCUCCUGUCCUAUGGACCUUGGUGAUGGCAGCCAUAUUGUUUGUCCACUUCACUACAGUUUCUAUUCAUGUCUUGUCGUAAUAGCAGCUCUCUCUUUUUUUUUUUUUUUUAAAGCUAUUUAUCUCCCACUGUACUUGUUUAUUUAUUAACAUAAGUAUUUGGUGUGUUUGACUGUCUGUUCAUAUUUUUUGUACACCAUUGAUUAAAAGGGGGCAAAUUGGAAAUUUGUUACAGUUUUUGAAGUUGGAGCCAUGUCAUGAUGUAGCACAUUUUUGUAGCAGGGUUGCGUAAGUGGAGAGGUUUACUGGUCUCAGGUCUCUGCUACAUUCAUGAUCUAUUUAUUCCAUUAUGAUGGUGGUGGUGCUUUUUAGGCCUUGUGGUAAAGGGACUGUCAUACAACUAAUGUUAUUACACCUUUUACCCUGGAUCUCCUGCUUGUUCUGUGUAAUUCUGUAGGUACUACUGUGAUGCUGACCACAGGGUCUGAGAUCCUGACGUUUUAGUCUAUUUCACAAAUUCUGUAAGGAUCGAAAGAAUUGGAGGACAAACAAAAAUAGUUGUUGGUUCACGUUUUGUCUUUUCAGUAUUUAUGGUGUGAUACUGUACUCGUCCUAAACUGGGUCAACAAAUGUAUACAUGAUUUAAUAGAUGGAUUUUAAGAAACACUUCAAGAAUUGACAUGAAAUGUGAAUUAAAUUUACAGAAAGCCAGCAGUGAUAGAGAUUUGGACAUAGUACAGAAGGGAAAAAAAAUCACCUCACCCCACUUUUUCCUCUUGGUUUGGCCUGUGCUUGAUAUUGCAGACUGUCAUUCUGAUGCAUACAGUUUUUUUUUUUUUUUUUUU